AUGGCGUGCUGCUCAAAUGGUAGUAACGCCUUCCGGUGUUACUCCGAAACGCUGCGUUUUGAUCCCCGACGACAAUGCGGACGCUUAAACCCUAGUCCUUCCUCUCUCCUCUCCUUUAAUUCCUCCCCAAUUCUCGCGCAGAUUCUGGGUGCUUCUCCUCCACCUGUUUCCCGGCGGAAUUCUCUAGUAAGAGCAAAAAUGGCGGCGUCGGAAAGCUCGGUUAUCGGAAGCAAUAGAAUGCUGGUGUUCGUGCCACCACAUCCUUUGAUCAAACACUGGAUCUCCGUCCUGAGAAAUGAGGAAACUCCUUCUCCCAUUUUCAGGAAUGCAAUAGCUGAAUUAGGGAGACUAUUGAUAUAUGAAGCUUCACGAGAGUGGCUGCCAACCAUUGUAGGAGAAAUAAUGUCUCCAAUGGGUGUUGCUUCUGUUGAAUUCAUCGAUCCUAGAGAGCCUAUAGCGGUAGUUCCGAUAAUAAGAGCUGGUCUUGCUCUUGCGGAACACGCAUCCUCAGUUUUGCCUGCGAAUAAAGUCUACCAUUUAGGAAUAAGUAGGGAUGAGGAAACACUUUUGCCUUCGGUGUAUCUUAACAAGUUGCCUGAUGAAUUUUCCGAUAACUCAAGAGUCUUUUUGGUCGACCCAGUGCUUGCCACAGGCGGAACCAUAGUAGCAGCGAUGGAUCUAUUGAAGGAACGUGGUUUGUCUGUUGAGCAAAUCAAAGUGAUUUGUGCGAUUGCUGCACCUCCUGCACUAUCGAAGCUUAACGAGAAAUACCCAGGGCUUCAUGUAUAUACUGGAAUCAUCGAUCCUGAAGUCAAUGAUAAGGGGUGGAUAAUCCCUGGACUUGGAGACGCUGGAGACCGCAGUUUCGGGACAUGA